AUGAUUGUGAAAGAGCCGAUACCCGGGAGAACUAGGUUUUUCAAUGUCUCUGUUCCAGCGGGUCCGGCAUUAAUGAGACAGACAGAGGCGCGCUCUAAGGCCGUCUGGCCUUGCUCGCCCCAGAUGCGGAUCUGGCGGUCAUACUUCUGGGCAGGGGCUGGGGAGGAUCUGGCGGUCAUACUUCUGGGCAGGGGCUGGGGAGGAGGGCAGGAUGAAAUUCUUGUGUCUCUCUGUCAUGAAGGGGAAUGUGAACGAGUGACGCAAGACCGGAUAGCCUUCAUACCCAGCAGGGGGAUGAUAGAGCAGUGA